GCGCCCGCCUGCCGGGUGCGCAGCGAGGAAGCCGCCGGCCCGCGGGCGUUGUGUCGGGGAAAUGGCGGCGCUCGGAGCGGGCCCGGCCGCGGCCGCUCGCGGGAGGUAGCGGCACCUGCACCUCCCCCUCCCCAGCGGCUGGCGGCAAAUGUGCAACACCAAGAUGUCAGCUGGGUCGGACGACCGCCUCGGCGCCUCUGCCAUUCCCCCCGCCGAGCAAGAGGCACUGGUUAAGCCGAAGCCACUAUUGUUGAAGUUGUUAAAAUUUGCAGGUGCCCAAAAAGACACAUUUACAAUGAAAGAGGUAAUAUUCUAUCUUGGCCAAUAUAUUAUGUCUAAACAAUUAUAUGAUGAAAAACAGCAGCAUAUUGUCCACUGUGGAGAUGAUCUUCUUGGAGAUCUAUUUGGGGUACCAAGCUUUUCGGUAAAAGAACACAGGAAAGUGUACUCAAUGAUUUCCAGCAACUUGAUAGCAGUCAGUCAGCAAGAGUCUAUGGAAGCAAACACAUCUGAAAAUGAGACCAGGUGUCAACUUGAAAAAGGCAAUGUUCUAAAGGAAUCCAUGCAAGAGUUAAUUGACGAAAAACAGACAUCCCCAAAUUUGACUGCUAGACCAACUACCUCUUCUAGGAGGAUGCUCAGUGAAUCUGAAGAAAGUUCUUCAGAUGAACAACCUAGUGAAAGAAGAAAACGGCAUAAGUCAGACAGCAUUUCGCUCACAUUUGAUGAAAGCCUUUCUUGGUGUGUUGUAAGUGGGCUAUGCUGCGAAGGAAGCAACAGCAGUGACUCAAUAGACUCUGCAAGUCCUGUAAGCAAGGAUCUUCAUGCCAGUUCAUUAAGCGAAAACUCUGAUGAUUGGUUUGACCAGAAUUCUGUUUCAGACCAGUUCAGUGUUGAGUUUGAAGUUGAGUCCAUUUAUUCAGAAGAUUAUAGCCAUAAUGAAGAAGGACAAGAGCUCACAGAUGAAGAUGAUGAGGUAUAUCAGGUGACGAUAUAUCAGACUGAAGAGAGUGAUGCUGAUUCAUUUGAUGAAGAUCCUGAAAUUUCACUAGCUGAUUAUUGGAAGUGCACUAAAUGCAAUGAAAUGAACCCUCCCCUUCCACGGCAUUGCCCCAGAUGCUGGGCUCUUCGUGAGGACUGGCUUCCUGAUGAAAAGAAUGACAAAUCUGAAAAGCGAAAAUUGGAAAGUUGCACACAGCUAGAGCAUGAAGAGGGGUUUGAUGUUCCCGACUGUAAGAAAGUGAAAAUGAAUGAAGAUAAAGAACUAAGUAUUGAAGAAAGUGAGGAUACAACAGCACAAACUUCUGAAUCCCAGGAAAGUACGGAAUACUCUCAGCCAUCUACAUCUAGCAGUAUCUUUUGUAGCAGCCAAGAGGAUUGCAAAGAACCUGAGAAAAAAGAGACAGAAGACAAAGAGGAAAGUAUGGAAUGCAAUCUACCCCUUUCCAGCAUAGAGCCCUGUGUCAUAUGUCAGAGCAGACCUAAAAAUGGCUGUAUAGUUCAUGGCAAGACAGGACAUCUUAUGUCGUGUUUUACUUGUGCAAGGAAACUGAAAAAGCGGGAUAAGCCCUGUCCAGUCUGUAGACAGCCAAUUCAGAUGAUUGUGCUAACUUAUUUUAGUUAGAAGGAACUUCAGCAUAACUGUGCAACAAAGCUUCAACAGUCCUUCUACACAGGCUUUCUUACAAACUUCCAUAGACUUGAACAAUUAAGAGAGUAAGAAACUAUUUUUGUAUGUUUAACUAAAGACAUAAUAUUUUGGGUGAUUUUUCUUUCUUUUGGUUUUAAUUAAAAGUUGAUAUUAAAAAGUUGCACUGAAAUUGAUAUUCUUCAUUAGGCAUUUUGGGGAGAUUUUAAAAUACCCAAAUUCCUGAAACUUAUUUCCAUGUUAGGGGAUCUGUCACAACAAGACUUGUACAUCACAAGCAGAUCAGUAAUGACACUUGUACAACUAUAUAGAAUAUCCAUUUUAAAAUAGUGAAUGUAAUGCUUUUGAGAAAUGAGAGCAAUCUCAAGUUUCAUUAUUGUGAAAAUCAGUUUUUCUUUUGCUCAGUAAGAAUUAAUAGAAUUUAUAAUUUCAACCUU